CCUCUGCAGCCGCAGCAGCACGGCAUUCAGCGCCGGCCGCCGCACACUUCUGGUCUUUUCAUGGCGUGUUCUGAGCCUCUGAGGGACGCUUUUCUGUCUGAUCCGGGUCUAACAGGUUCAGGAAUACUGAGCUGGUCUGCUGAUUGGAGCGAGCGCUCCGUCCAUGAAUGACCCUCCGUGGGACUUUUAUCUCAGAUUAGAGACGUUCGGGGAAACUUACACACUUUCAUUUUUGUGACAGUGGGAUGGCGGAGGAAGCGCUGAACGACCCCUUCCCUGAUCUGAAGGAGCUGGAGAACAAGACUGGCAGGAAGAUCCCGGAGAGCCUUCUGAUCUGGAUGAGAGAUGCUGCGGAGUGCGAGGACAGCUGGAGGUCGGGUGAGGCAGAGAGAGGAGAGCCCGGCUCUGCCUGGGACGGCCUGAUCCACAAAAUCCACAACCUAAAGCAAGAGAUGAGGUGGCUCCGCUCCGCCGACGUGAGGAUCCUGCGCCAGCUGGUGGCCGUGCACGAGGGCAUCGAGGCCGUGCGCUGGCUGACGGAGGAGCGCGGCGCCUUGGCCAGCCGGGGCAGCAGCUCGACGGGGAGCCUGAGCAGUCUGGCCACUGUGGACGAACACGGACCCUGGACGUCUCCCUGCAGAGAAAGCCCGAGUCCAGGCUCUGAUCAGGGUUUGACUGAAGCCACAGAUGAAGAACCAGCAGACCAGCAUCCCUCCCAUCCAGACAGCGGAAACUCAAACCACAAGAGACACUCAGACCUGCUGAGGCUGAACGCAAACCUCUCCAGAUCCAGACCAGAGCCGCUCUCAUCCAGCUCCUCCAAGACUUUGAAUAUGGCCGGUUUACAGCUGGACUCAGAUUCAGCGCCGCUGAAAAGCAUCGGAGACGAAGCCGACGUCGUCAGAAGAGCUCUCCUCAGGUCCAGCAGGUCCAGGAGAGACGAACGAGAGGACGCUGCUCCGGGUUCCCUCGCUCGGGAUUCAGGAAAGCCACAAGCUAAACGCCAAACUGAGGACAGCUUCACCACAGCUCAGAGCUCAGAGGAUUCAGACGCUGCUCAGUGCGGCGUCCUGCUGGGCUACGACGCUCAGUGGCGAUGGGUGGAGUCCCAGGACGACGUGACGUUCUUAUGAUUCCACAACAACGACAUUAACAUCUGGGAUUUUUUUGAUAUGUUUAUUUCUCAACCACCAGCUUCCAAAAGAGACAGCGGGACUCAGAAUGCACUUUAAAACUCUUCAACAUGUCCGUGAACUGGCGUGCUUUCUGCUGUCUGAGUACAAUGUGUGUCUCCAUGCACCUGGCCAGCUCUAUCAGAACAUGUAUGUUGCACAUUUACAUAUAUAAACAAUCUCUGUGAAGAAUAUUGAAAGUUUUAUCGAUCUGACUUGCACACAUUUGAAGGUUUUUGUGAGGUUUAUUUCAAUAAUUCUUUGACUUUUCUCUUCUUAAUCAGACAAAGAAACAAACGUGAUUAUUCUGCAUAUUUUUCCAUCUAACUUCAUAACUGUGGAUACAAUGUAGCUGAAAAUUCAGGACACUCAGGAUUCAAGAUUCAUGAGCUUUGAUUAAAUGGGAUAGCGAGCUUUAUGUCUGUCAUAAUAAAGCAAUAAACUCUU